GAAACUCUUCUAGAUGUUUUUUUUGGUAUAUUAUUAUCUUGCUUUAAAAACUCAACCUCUGGUCCUAUAUGUAGUUUACUAAUCAUGUUUAUUUCUAUUAUUUUUAUCUUCCCUAACUACUUCUUUUUAGCACUACUUCCCUAACUAGUAACUACGUUACACGGACCGUAUAUAAUAGAAAAUCACCAUCUUAUAUACACAAAUAUCCCAAAGAUGAAAGAAAAGUGUUUGCCCCUGAGAAACGGGAGGACGAUGAUGAUGGUAAUGAAGAUAGCUCCAUCCAAAUCCGCAUUGAUACGCUUCAACUUAGUCUUGUUUGCUCUCUCUUUUCUUCUCUACACUGCAUUUUCUCUUCACCCUUCUUCGUCAGUCUACUUCCGCAGCGCAGCUUCCUUUGUUGGAUGCUCCUUUCGUCAUUGCACUCCCAAGGUAACGAGAGGAGUGAAGAUGCAAGAACUCAUUGCAGAGAACCAAAUAAACAAGAUAGGUCCACAAAUAGCUAGUAACCAAACUAAGCUUGAGGCACCAAGCUUCAUGGAGGAGACUCUAAGAAGAGGGUUAGGGAAAACAAAGAUAGGGAUGGUAAACAUGGAAGAAACCGAUCUUACCCAAUGGAAACGUUAUGGAGAAACUAAUCACAUACAUUUUGAGCGUGUGUCUAAGCUUUUCACAUGGCAUGACUUGUUCCCUGAAUGGAUAGACGAAGAGGAAGAUCACGAGGUUCCCACAUGUCCUGAGAUACCAAUGCCUGAUUUCGAAAGAUUAGAGAAGUUGGAUUUGAUAGUAGUGAAGCUUCCUUGUAAGUGCCCUGAAGAAGGAUGGAGAAGAGAGGUGUUGAGGUUGCAAGUGAACCUAGUCGCGGCUAACUUGGCGGCCAGGAAAGGGAAAACGGAUUGGACAUGGAAGAGCAAAGUUUUAUUUUGGAGCAAAUGUCAACCGAUGAUUGAGAUUUUCCGGUGUGAUGAUUUGGAGAAGAGGGAGGGAGAUUGGUGGUUGUAUCGGCCUGAGGUGGUUAGGUUACAGCAGAAGGUUAGUUUGCCCAUCGGAUCUUGCAAUCUUGCUCUACCUUUGUGGGCACCACAAGGUAUAGACGAAGUGUAUGACCUAACAAAGAUAAAAGCAGAGACAAGACGACCAAAACGUGAGGCCUACGCAACCGUCCUCCACUCUUCAGAAUCUUAUGUCUGUGGCGCCAUAACUUUGGCUCAAAGCCUCCUUAAGACAAACACAAAACGCGACCUUAUCCUUCUCCACGAUGACUCCAUCUCCAUUACCAAACUCCGAGCUCUCGCAGCCGCAGGAUGGAAGCUCCGUCGUAUCCUACGAAUCAGAAACCCACUUGCUGAAAAAGAUUCUUACAAUGAGUAUAACUACAGCAAGUUUCGAUUGUGGCAAUUGACGGAUUACGACAAAGUUGUCUUCAUUGAUGCUGACAUCAUCGUCCUACUUAACCUUGAUCUUCUCUUUCACUUCCCUCAGAUGUCGGCCACCGGAAAUGAUGCCUGGAUAUUUAAUUCCGGCGUAAUGGUCAUUGAGCCAUCUAAUUGUACGUUUAGUACGAUCAUGAGUCAACGAAACGACAUCGUUUCAUACAACGGUGGAGAUCAAGGAGCUUCAAUAGAAAGGAUCGGAAUCAUUCUAUGUUGGCGAAAAAAGAGGAAUAGGUUAUGUAACUAUUUUUCAAACUAUUAUGUAACAUUAUAUAUACAAAUAUGCAAAAUUUUCAGAAAUUCCUCCUCUUUCAUCUUCCUUUUGCAAUCUUUCUUUCCAUAAAAAUAAUCACAUUUUUCAUUUUUAAUACAUUAAAUGACCAAAAAUCAAGUAUUUUUAAUACACGUGUAGUUUAAUUUUUAUUUAUUACCAUAUUCAAAUUUGAUGAUAUAUAUAGUAAAAUAUUUAGUGGUCUAUUUAAUAAAAAAUUUUAAUAUUCCUAGUAAUGUAUGUCCAAUUAAAAAUAUAACCGAGGAGCACUCUCAGCUUGACAUAUAAGCAUCCUAUUUAAUGUUAUCAUUUUGUUAAACACAAUUUAGCUUAUUUAUAUUACCCCUAUAAAUAUCAAAUGAUCUCUACAAUAGGUACAUAGCCAUACUCUCUCCCUCAGUCACUUUUUCUCGUCCACCAACUCUGAUCCCUGCAUGAAUUUACGCCACUUGUUAAUGUGUGAAUAACUAUGCUUAAUUAAACUGUACAUCAUCCAUAUCUAUUGGUACGAAUUGUACGUAUACCAUGUUUCUCAAGUGAAGAAAUCUCGCUCAUAAAAGACGUAAAUGUAUUUAAUAUUAUCCAGAAUUUGAGACUAUGUUAUAAUAUUUUUGGUCAAAACUAUGUGACAUAUUUUAUAAACAUUCCUUGUAAAAUAAAUGUAAGAUAUAAACAUUCAACUAUAACAACCUGUUGAAUCAUUAAAAAAGCAAAAUCUUGGAGCAUCCUUGUUUCAGAGUAUUUAUGCUUGAUUUUAUUGCCCAUUACCAUCCAAAAGCGUGGAGCGUCCUUGUUUCAGAAAAUAAUCAAACUGCGAAACCAAAUUCUUUGACAGAUAUAUGGAUUUAUCUCCCUGAAAAAAAUAACAAAAGCUUCAUAUAACUUAUGCUCUAAGGGUUUAGCUUUAUACAAUUUACAGGCUAACAACAACUUACUUUUGCAUCUAUACAGACCAUUUCAAUGGUCUCGCUCCACCAAAAACAGGAGUACUGCUUCCAAAAUCUUUUGACUUCCACUUUUAUCUACUUCAAUAUAGACUUGCACGGUUUCAAGUCGGAGAUAAAAUUUGGAAAACUCAUUUUCUUUGCUAGUUAUCACAGUUUUGAAAUUCGUUGGUUGUAAUAACGUAGCAAUGAGUUUAGUAUUAUAUAUAGGGUUUCAGCGCGGAAAAUUUGGUUGAAGGAAUAUUGCAUCGCCAAAAAUCAGUGCUUAUAAAGAUCCCUAACUAUUCGAUUCCAAUUUAAAAUUUUGAAAAAUAUUUUAUGCAAAGAUCAGAAAAUUUAGGAAACAAUAUUAAAUAUGAUAUUGACCAAAGACUUGCAUAGAUCAAAUGAUAUAUAAAAAAUAACUAUUUGUCUAUUAUUUAUGUUGAUUUCUUGAUUAAAAGUUUUGGAGCUUAAAUUAAGGGAUUCCAUUAUAUUUAAUAUAAACUUUCUUUUCAAAGAUCUAUAAAAUCAGUCAAUGUACUAUAACUUUUAAUUCAAGGUUUUACAUUAAAUGAAUCGUCGUCACCUAAAUAUGUGUUUUCAAACCAUAUACCAGAUACUAUAUGUUAUUGUAUUACUUGUGAUAUGGUUUUCUUUUAUUUAAUUAAACAAAAAAUUAAGCUACCUAGAGUGUGCGUCUAUAUUAUAAUGGUUUGUUUGUUUAUAAAAAAAAGACAAACCAUAUGAAACAAAAGAAAGACAAACAAUAUGAAACUUGAAAUAAAAAUACAUUUUUGUAUUGUUGAACAUUAAAUAAAAGAAAUCUCACUUUUAAUUACAUUUCAAUUUUUAUUUAUGAUUCAACGUCUACAAUCAAUGCCUAAUACCAUAAAAUACGCUUGGAUACAUAAUCAAUGGAUGAUUAUCAUAUAAAUCAUGUGGGUUGUUCGACAAGUAAAUCGUGUUUGAUAGCUAAUACCAUAAAAUACGCUUGGAUACAUUGGAUGAUUAUCAUAUAAAUCAUGUGGGUUGUUCAGCAAGUAAAUCCCUCUCUUAAUCCUGGUUGUUUUAGGAAAACACAUAAAGCAUAUCAAUUAAUAUAAUUCACGGUUUGCGAGAGGUAAUAUUCGUUUAUCAGUUUCAGUAAAUACAUCUAGCAAAUCAGUGCCCUAUUUAUCGGGUUUGGCACAUAAAUUAAACUUAGUCUACAUGUGUAAUAAUUGAAUCAAAAUAGUUUUUCAUCAAAAUUCAAUAUCUCACGAUAUAUGUAACAUCAUAUAAUCUGAUGUAUGCAUAGCAAAAACUAUGUAUUACAAAUCAAAUAGUCAACAUUGCACAUUAUAAUAUGAACUUGAUUCUUAUCAAAUAAAUUAACAUCAGGUGUAUUGACAAAGAUAAAACCUGGAUCAUCUUUUCAAUAUUAUACAUCGGAAAAUCCAACUGGGACUGUUUUUUUUUUUAAAUAAUUUUUUAUAUAAACUGAAGUGAGCGUCCGUGUAUUAAUAUAUUUAGUUGUAUAUUAUAAUUAUAGAUAUGUAAUAUAAAAAUAUGUAAAUAUUACGUAAUGUCUGAAGUUACAAACAUAUAAAAUCUGUGUUUUCAUGGAUAUGAUCAUCCGAAAACACAUAUAAAUAUAAUGUAACGUUAGAAAAUGUAUUUGUCACAAUGACAUAAGUUGUAUGUGAACAAUAUAGACCCCAAAAAUAUAUUUCAUAUGUACAAUAUAAUAGACAGCUACCAAAUCUCAGUUAUUAAAUUGAUGAGUAAACCGAAUGAUACACUUUCUAUACGUGGUGGAAUUGAAUAUAGAAACUAAAAAUGAGCAAACAUGAAUCGUGUGAUAAUUCAUCAAUAUUGGUCACAUUAAUAUUGUAGUGACCAAUGACAUAUGUUGUAAUAAUUCUAGUUAACAAAGGGGUUUUUUAAAAAGUGUGUGAAAGUGAUUGUGAGGCUGCCACCUAGGAAAUUGCACUCAUGUAAAUCACACAUGAAGUGAAGGUUAGUUUCUUUGAGUGCUCCUAAAAUAAUUUAUAGGGGAUGCUAAUGUACA